AACUGUGCUCAACCCCACCACAUGAUUUCCCGCCAUAUUAACCACGUGAUAAAGAAAUUGAAUUUAUUUCUCAACAUGGCUGCUGUUGACUAUAGUGCUGAAAAAGAUACUGCUAAAAGAUUUUUAGCCGAGUUUUAUGUGGAUGGUCCUCAAGGUAAAGAAUUCAAAUAUGGAGAACAGCUGGUUAAGAUUGCUCAUCGGGAACAAGUGGAACUACUCGUGGAGCUGGAUGAUAUUGCAGAGAUUGAUCCAGAUUUUGCUGAACGUAUAGUGGAAAAUACGCGAAGAUACAGUAAGAUUUUCUCUGAGGCAAUAGAUGAAAUGCUACCAAGCUACAAAGAUAGAGAGGUUCAAAAUAAGGAUUCAUUGGAUGUUUACAUUGAACAUCGUCUCCUUAUUGAACGUCAAAAUCACCGAGAGGGGGAAGUUCGGGAUCCACGCGAUAGAUACCCCCCAGAAUUACUAAGAAGAUUUGAGGUUCAUUUCAAACAACUUUCAAGUCAAAAUGCAUCACCAGUGCGAGACGUGAAUGCAUCUAGUAUUGGUAAACUGGUUUGUGUCCGGGGUAUUGUAACAAGGUGUACUGAAGUUAAACCAGUUGUUCAAGUUGCAACAUAUACUUGCGAUAGAUGUGGAACUGAGUCUUAUCAAACAGUGAUGUCAACCACCUUCAUGCCACUGAUCAUGUGCCCUGGCAAGGAAUGUGAAACAAACAAAUCCGGUGGACGUCUUUACUUACAAACCCGAGGAUCAAAAUUCCUGAAAUGUCAAGAACUAAAAGUUCAGGAACACAGUGAUCAAGUGCCAGUUGGAAACAUACCACGAUCCAUGACAAUCAUAGCCAGAGGUGAACUAACUAGAUUGGCUGUUCCUGGUGAUCACGUGGCUAUCACGGGAAUAUUUUUACCCAUGAUGAAAACUGGUUUUAUGCGCAUGACGCAAGGACUAAUGUCAGAUACAUUCUUAGAAGCACAUAGGAUUGUUAAAAUGAACAAAACUGAGGACGAAGAAAUUACGGAAGAACAACUAAGCGAUGAAGAAAUUAUAAAUCUUUCAGGAGAACCUGAUUUCUAUGAGAAGUUGGCAUGCUCCUUGGCUCCUGAAAUAUAUGGUCAUGAAGAUAUUAAGAAAGUGUUAUUGUUAUUGUUGGUUGGUGGUGUUGAUAGAUCCCCAGAAGGAAUGAAGAUUAGAGGGAAUAUCAAUGUAUUACUAAUGGGAGACCCUGGUGUAGCGAAAAGUCAACUGUUAUCCUACAUUGACCGUCUCGCUGCAAGGAGUCAAUACACAACUGGACGAGGUUCAUCAGGUGUUGGUUUGACAGCUUCUGUAACACGAGAUCCAGUUACAAGUGAAAUGGUUCUUGAGGGAGGUGCUUUGGUCCUAGCUGAUCAAGGAAUAUGUUGUAUUGAUGAGUUUGAUAAAAUGAUGGAUGGUGAUAGAACAGCGAUCCAUGAAGUGAUGGAACAACAGACCAUAUCCAUCGCCAAGGCUGGCAUCCUUACAACAUUGAACGCUCGAGUGUCUAUCUUAGCUGCAGCUAACCCUGCUUAUGGUCGUUAUAAUCCUAAAAAAUCAGCUGAACAGAAUAUUCAGCUACCAGCAGCUCUUCUUUCAAGAUUUGAUAUAUUAUGGUUGAUUCAAGAUAAACCUGAUCGUGAGAAUGAUUUAAGACUUGCUCAACACAUAUCAUAUGUACAUCAAUAUUGCUCCCACCCACCAACACAGUUUCAGCCUUUGAAUAUGAACCUAAUGAGACGUUAUGUCGCUGCCUGUAAAGAGAAACAACCAGUUAUUCCAGAAAAUUUGACAGAUUUCAUCGUCGGUGCUUAUGUUGAAAUGAGGAAAGAAGCGAGAGGAAAUCGUGAAUCAACAUUCACUUCACCUCGAACAUUGCUCGCCAUUUUACGUCUAGCAACAGCAUUGGCUCGAUUGCGCUUGGCCGAUGUUGUUGAAAAAGAUGAUGUGAAUGAAGCAAUGCGGUUGAUGGAAAUGUCUAAAAUAUCUCUCCUUGAUGAUGAAUCAGUGGGAAGACAUGUUUCGCCAGUAGAUGCUAUAUAUGGCAUCAUUCGUGAAAUGGCUGGUCAAGUUAGCAGUGUCAAAUUGGAAGAAGCAAAACAACGAUGUUUAACGAAGGGAUUCACUCCUGAUCAGUUUGAGAAAUGUUUAAUGGAUUAUGAAAAUCUCAAUGUUUGGCAAAUCAAUUCCUCGAAAACAAAAAUUACAUUCGUACAGUAGUUUGGCAACUAAAGGCGAGGAGCACUUGUUGGUAUUUUGAUCGCUGAAUUGUCUAGUUUGGUGUAUGACAGUACCAGACAGUGCACAGGAGAGAGGAUGCUUUUGUCUUCACAUCAUCCAUUCAAGUCGAAAUCGGACGUCGAAAUCGCAGCGUGUCCGUCCUUAGAUUUUUUUAUUUUUGUAUCUAGUAGUCCAUCGCAUUUUUAGUAGCCCAGUGUAAUAUUUAUAUGAUGUUCCUUUGUCUUUCUUCUCUUGUAAAAUAAAACAUCUUUGGUAUACCUAAAUAUUUAAUGGGGUGACGGGCGGUGGAACUUCCAUAAUGAAAAUACAACCUCCAAAU